CCCUGGCUGAUAACUACUUAGGCUAGGAUCUGUGCGGCCCCUCUCGGCGCCUGCGGGAGAAUACCCUGGAAUUCAAAAUCAGCGUGCGGGAGCGCGCGUCGGCCACCAUACUCUGGGUUUACGGGAGCUCGCUGGGGACAAAAUCCCUCACGCUUUUCGAGGGCCGGUGUCCCCACGGAGAGGCAAGAAUUAAGAGAAGCGGUGAAACUAAGUCCAAGACGGGGAACGGCUCCGGUUAGAAUGAGGGGAAUAAAGAGGAUAUCCUUAGGGGAGUGAUGGGUGGGGACCUACCGCAUAGGAGCGUGGCGACGGCCGAAGACACUGAGGGACUGGCAGGCGAGCUCACCCUAAGGGAUGAUUGGACGAUACCAUCUACGGGAGGGGGUUGGGGCGAUACCAUCUUAAGGGUGAGAGGGGGGGUGGCAAAGAACUGAGACUUGGAAGGUGCCACGCGGCGGAGGCAGGCGCGUGUGGGAACCCGAAGGGACUGGGCAGUCCCCCAUAGCCCCACUUUCCUUCCCCAGCCGUCCUUCUGCCAUGAGCGGUCUAGUGCAGACCGAGCCGCUGCUCGGGGAGCCGCCUCUGCUGGUGCGCGGCGACCCCUACUCGGUGGUGGUCCUUCUGCAGGGCUAUGCGGAGCCCGAGGGGGUGGGCGACGCGGUGCGCGCCGACGGCUCCGUGACGUUGGUGCUGCCUCAGGCCUGGGGCCCGGCUUCCAGCCACCGAGAGUCCCCGCCCGAGGGCGGCGGGGCGAAGACCGCCCUGGAGGAGGCGGCCCGUGGUCCCAUCCUCGUAGACACCGGGGGCCCUUGGGCCCGGGACACACUCCUGGGGGCCCUGGCGCGGCAGGGCGUGGCCCCCGGAGACGUGACUCUGGUGGUGGGCACCCAUGGACACUCGGAUCACAUCGGGAACCUGGGGCUGUUUCCCGGGGCGGCUCUGCUGGUCUCUCACGACUUCUGCCUCCCCGGGGGCCGCUACUUCCCCCACGGGCUAGGUGAGGAGCGGCCCCUGCGGCUGGGGCCGGGGCUCGAGGUGUGGGCCACGCCGGGCCAUGGGGGCCAGCGGGACGUGAGCGUAGUGGUGGCGGGCACGGUCUUGGGCACCGUGGUGGUGGCGGGCGAUGUGUUUGAACGCAGUGGAGACGAAGACUCGUGGCAAGCGCUGAGCGAAGACCCGGUGGCCCAGGAGCGGAGCCGGAAGAGGGUCCUAGGCACAGCGGACGUGGUUGUGCCUGGUCACGGAGCCCCCUUUAGGGUGGUCAGGGAAGCCCCUCAACCACCGAACUGACGUCCAGGAGAACAGAGGACCCAGUCGGCUGAGUCGGAGGAAUCAGGGGUGAUGGCUUCCAGCUGUCGCAAGAAGCUGGUUUUCCAGCAAGGACAGUCACCGAUAUCACUGCAACCAAACUAGGACCAAGCACUGACUCAGCCGUGUGCCACCUCUUUGGGCCUCCGUAAAAUGGGAGAGUGUUCUUGGGAGAGUCGUCCAAAAUAAAAAUAGAAAACUGUA